UAAAAGAAAAAAACCCCAUAAAAGGGAAAAAACAAAGCGACGGCGAAACCAAGCGUCGGAGACUUCCUAGACCGGUGGAACCCUCGGCUGCCUUCUGUAGUUUCUUAGCUCGCGAUUAUCGAAGAGAUGGAGCAUUCUCUUUCUUCCCUUGCAUUUAGAGGUUCAAUAGCAGAAGCAAUUGCUGAAGCGAAACAGCAGAAGAAACUUUUUGUUGUCUACACUGGAGGCGACAAUGAGGAGUCAAAGGUCCUUGAAACAUCUACAUGGAUCAACCAAAGUGUGUCUGAGACAGUGUUGAAGUACUGCAUUCUGUUACACCUACUGGAAGGAAGCUCCGAAGCAUCUAAUUUUUCUGCAAUAUAUCCUCAGACACCUGCUCCAUGCAUAACUGUCGUUGGAUAUAAUGGUGUGCAGCUUUGGCAAAAAGCGGGAUCUGUCAGUGCUGAUGUUCUUGCUUCGAGUCUUGAGAAAGCAUGGUUAAGUCUUCAUUUUCAGGAGACGACUGCUGCUUUUUUGACAGCUGCACUUGCAUCUGGAACACCUAAGACUUCCCCCUCUGAACAAGUGACACCAGAGACAAAUGCGGCAAUGCCAUCGACAGAUGAUAACAGCCAAUCUCUUGAUGCUGGAAAACCCUCGCAUUCUCACACAACAGAAGAUAGUAAAGAUUAUGAAGAUGAUUCUAAGGAGACAUAUCUGAAGCAGGACGGUACAGCUUUUCCUGAACGUUCUGCUAAUGAGUUGGUCAAUGGUGGAGCGGAUGAGUCUACUUUUAUAACUGAAACAAGAACCGUAGUACAGGAGCCAGAGGAAAUAGGUCCAAAAAAUGCUGAAGCACCAUCUCCUGGCCCGGAGAAAAAUAUAGAUGCACGUGCUAUUAAUCUAGGCAGUGGUGAUGAAGUUUCUGGAGAGAUUGUUGAUGAAGCUAUGGAAACAGCAAGGGUUAAAGAUUCCGAGUACCCUAACAAAGUCGAGAAAGCUGAUGCUUCUGAUUCCUUUGUUAGUAAAUCCAAUGAUGUUUUCCUAAAUAUCAAAUUGCCUGACGGUUCUAGCCUACGAACCAAAUUUUCUGUGACGGACACACUAGGAAUGAUAGUAGACUACAUAAAGGAAACAAGUGGCUUGAGCUCUUUUAGCACAGGGAUUCCUUAUCCUCGCAAGAUUUUCAGUGAGCAAGAUUUGGACAGGACCUUAUCAGACUUGGGUCUCUUCAAUCGGCAAGCCUUGAUUGUGGUUCCACAUAACCAGAGUACUUCCCAUUACAGAGGGGGGUCGUCAGACCAUCAAAGUAAUUCAUCUGUCGAGACUGGAUCUUCCGAUGCAAAUGAAGGGUAUUGGGCAUUUGCAAGAAGAAUGCUGUCGUACGUGAACCCUCUUUCUUACCUUAACAGAAGCCCUAGCUCGGGAAUUGCAUCCCAGGAAUCCGACGAUGGCAUGUGGCAAUAUAGUCCAAAUCCUUCGCUUCAAAACACGGUAAGAUACCGAGGUGGCCAAAGCUUGCCUACCAGCGGCAGCAAUAGCAACCGCAGGGCCACAAGUUCUCGCUUCGGGGCCAACAUUCACACCUUGAAGCACGACGACACAGAUGAUGAUGGUCGAUUUAGCGACAGAAAUGCCUUCUGGAAUGGUAAUUCUACGCAGUAUGGCGGCGGAAACAACGACAACGACACAAAAUAAUUUAGUUGACAUGAACAUGGACAUUUCCUAUACUUUAUAGCACUACUGUAUCUAUAUAAAAAAAAAACACUCUCCCUCCAUGUACUCUACACUCUAAUUUGUGUUUUUGGUUUUUUGUAAUACGAAAUUGCCUGUUUGCCUUCCUA